CACGCGAGUUAGAAACUACCCUUAGACUGUUAACAAUUUAUUGGCAUUCUCCGCCAAAGUAACAAAAGAUCGGGAGGUUGCUAGGGAGACUUCAGUUGAAGGAAAAAUCUGGUCUGAGAAAAUCUAUCUUCUGCUGCACACCAACAAGUCUAAAACAAAGCUUUACUAUCCCAUGAAUAAGUCAGAGGUAAGAAAAAUCAAGAUUGAUGACAAACUGGAUCUUAUAUAGAUCAAUCUGAUAGGAGAACUGCCCUUGCCAGUUCUUGUCAAUGAUCACCGCCUGAUGUAAUGGAACUGUCUUUCCUUGAUAUUCUUCAACGGCAAACCAGGUUCAAACAAAAUUCUCUUUCUCAUAUCCUGAAAGAUAAUAAUUCAGACAUUCUGGAUUUCAGUCUUUCAUGCUGAUUCUGAAAGGAACCAUCAGCCAAAUGCAAAUUCAACUGAGAGGUUGGACGGGCUCAAAAAAUAUGCCGAAGAAAGGUCCCAAAGUGGUUGUAAUUGGAGCCGGGAUAGCUGGUGUGGGAGCUGCUGGAAAACUACUAACGCAAGGAUUAACUGAUGUUCAGAUUAUUGAGGCCUCAAGUCAACCCGGAGGGCGGAUCAGAGGCAGUCUGUUUGGUAAAUCAACCAUUGAUGAAGGAGCCCAGUAUAUUCAUGGGGCAAGCACAAAGAAUCCUGUUUAUCAACUGGCCAAAGAACAUGACCUUUUACAGGAAACACAUGACAGGUCUGGCCCUGAAUUAUUAGUGCUUACAAAUAUGCAGAAACAGCUGGAUCCUGACAUUGUGAAAGAAGUGAAGAAUCUAGCUAGAAAUAUACUGCAAAAUGCUCAUCUUCUUGCCCACCAAAGGGGAUACGCUCAAGCUAAGAGCCUUGCUGAUGUCUACUUGGAGGAAGUGAAAAUGCUACUCACACAAUGGGUUGGUGACCACACUGACCUGCGAAGGCAGAAGCAAGGUUUUCUGAGCAUGUUAAUGAAAUUGCAAUGUGCUCACCUUGCAGCAGCUAGUCUGGGUGAAGUGUCCGUGCACGAAUAUGAGGAGUAUAAAAACAUUGAAGGCAAUGACAGAAGCUCUCCAGGAUUAUUCCCGAACCUGCUUCAGAAGUUGCUUGAGGCUAUUCCGAGAGAGAAACUGCUGCUGAAGAAACCCAUUAAACAAAUCCAGUGGAAUGGAAGUUUUGAGUCAGGAGGUAGUUCAGUGUAUUCUGUCAGAGUGGUGUGUGAAGAUGGAGACCACAUUCUUGCUGAUCACAUCAUUGUUAGCAUUUCACUGGGUUGUCUAAAGGCUAAUGGACAGGCAUUUUUCCAGCCAAGGCUCCCUGAGCAAAAACUGAGUGCUAUUCAAAGCUUGGGCUUUGGGACAAUGAAUAAGAUCUAUCUGGAAUAUGAGACCCCAUUUUGGGAUGAAAAUACAGAUGUAAUUGGAUUGGUUUGGGAGGACGAGACCCCAUUUUCAGUUCAGAAACCCAAUCUGACUGAAUGGUGGAAACAUGUUCCUGUUUUUUACGUAAUCAGACCAACAGAAAGAUAUGGGCAUGUUCUUGUGGGAACAAUCUCUGGAAAAGAGGCAGAAUUUGUAGAAUCGUUGAAUCCGCAAGAAGUAGCUUCAAGAUGCACCUACCUUUUCAGACAAUUUACAGGGAGAUCUUCGCUGCCUGAACUGAAGAGUGUUUAUGUAACAAAAUGGUUCAGUAACCCAUAUACUCGUGGCUCUUAUUCCCAUAUAUCCAUCACUUCAACCGGUGCUAUGAUAGACCAGCUUGCUGAACCUCUACCACAGGCAACAGAAGGAAGUUCUUCUCCAAUGUUGCAGGUUUUAUUUGCCGGUGAAGCAACACAUCGAAGCUACCACAGCACCACUCAUGGAGCCCUGCUGUCUGGCUGGAGGGAGGCAACUCGAUUAAUAGAUCACUACUCCACGAAAUGAAUUUCCAAAAUCGAAGUUCUGAAUCUUCAAGUCUUUCAUUUCUUUGAUUUGCUGCAUUAAAAAUUAAUCAUGUUUUGUCUAAAAGCCUUUCAGUGAGAAAACAUUUCAAAGAUGAAUCAACUCUGCUUAAGAACGUUUUAGACAUGUUCGUCAAUUUUGAUUUGACUUAUGUUCACUUGAUAAUGUGAGUAAAAUCUUUGACAACUAAUACAUUUUGUGCAUUCCUGCUCAAUCAUUAUCAUAGACUCAAUUUCUAAUUGACUCAUAGAACUGUGCCUCCUACUAAUUUGCCCAAGUUUUUGUUAUAACUUCUAGAUCUGGCACAUUAAAGCAAAGAUUACAAUUGUG